AGUUCGUCGAAACUCGACGUCAUUAAAGCGCGACUCGUGUUUACAGACAGCCGUCAAAGAAAAUAUUUUAAAAUCUAAGCUGUUUUAUCUCUAAAACGAGUCAUAAUUUAGUGCACAUGGAGGAUACGCACAUAGUAAAUUUGUCUAAUCUAUUAGUAAAAUCAGCAUUUUUGGAUGCAGAUUUUGUGAUGUGUUAAGUGGAUGGUGUCUGAAUGUUGAUGUGAUUGGAACCAACAAAAGUUGUCAGAGGUCAAAGUCUUCUGUAAAACCGCUCAUUAUAAAGUUACAGUAUGGUGUAACAUGGGACCGGCAAGCAGUGUCUUCAUGUGAGAAAAUAUGGAUGCAGCAGAAGAUCUGGAGACACUUGGUGAGAAACUGUACAAUCUGAUUUACCCCAAACACAAAGAGAAUGCUGGGAAACUCACAGGGAUGCUGCUGGAGUUGCCAGGUCCUGUCCUGAGUCAGAUGGUGCAGGACAAGGCCACGCUGACCGCAGGCGUGGAGAAAGCCCUCCGAGCCCUACAGCUGGCAAAGGAGCCCAGCAAGGGGCCAUGUAAGGAUGUCGAUAACGUGUCUGUGUCUUCCGACUCUCUGGGGGAGCAGCUGUUUGAGCUGGUGGAUAUUUACAACACCGGCCACUCCCAGAAAAUCACAGGAAUGCUUCUGGAGCUGCACAAAGAGGCCGUUUUAAACCUUCUUUCAGACCCCAAACUGCUGGAAGAGCAGGUGAACUUUGCCCUGAAGACACUUAAGGAGCAGAACAUGGAGGAGACAGACAUGAGUGACACGUCAGACGCUGACGACACAGAGAGGCUCGGAGAGAAGAUCUUCUCACUGGUGGAAGAGCUGGAUCCACUUCAUGCAAAUGAUAUUACAGGUAUGAUGCUGGAGAUGGACCCAGCUGCUCUCCAACAGCUGCUCCGUGACCACACAAUGCUGGAGGUUGCUGUUCACAAAGCACAAGCAGCACUGGACACUGCGAAUCAAACUCCAGAAGAGCAUAGCAACAUUUUACACACAGAAUGAGACAUUAAUAACUGAAUGACUGAUGAGCUCAGAUAAUACGAUGCUGGGAAGAGCGGGCACGUCCCUUUAGGAGAUCAUAGUAAUGCAUUGUUCCUAAAUAAGCAGCUAUCUUUGUUUUACACUCAUUGAGUGGACUGUGGAGAGUCUAAGUUUGAUUAAACUUAUUGUAAAUAAUUGAAAAGUCUAGUUAGCCCAAAUGGAUAUUGUACCACGGUCUUUUCUCAGAUAAGUGGACUGAGCAUAAGUGUCCAAUUAUACAACAUUUAUGCACCGAAGUAGCUCCGCCUGGGAGCCGAGUCAUCCUAAUCACUGUUGCUUGAUGAAAAUGUUUACAGCAAGAGGAUUUACUUGUAAGUCUGUCAAAGAAGUGACGAUUUUUAAGUGUUGCCAACAGUCAUGCUAUGACAAUUUUUUUGUUUUUGUACUGUACAUAAUGAUGCAAGUGUAAAUCAGAGAAAAUACAGCAGAUUUUAUAUUUAACGAAUAACUAUGCGUUUGCAUUGCAUUUCCAUGUAUAUGACAUAGAAAUUAAAUGCUAACCUAUGAAUCACCCCCAUCAUCAUUUAAUCGAUUGAUAUCAUUUAGUAUUGAUAACAUUUGAGCCAUUUUCCAUCACGUGUAUUAAUAGUUAUGUAGAAAAAUGUGGCAGCUCCACAGGUUACUCUCAACUGACUCCGGUGCACCUGCUUGCCAAAAAGUUGAUUUAACACAAUUCUAGACAUUUUUUUAAAAACACAAAAUCCUGUAAAGAAUAAAACCAAUACACAGUUCUUUUAAAGUGCUACAGAGCGCAAAAAAAAAUAACUUUAUUACCAUUUCGUUUUCACCUUCUGUAUUCACUGUUUUAUGUCAAGAAUUUUACAUGAGGAACUCUAAAACAUUGGGAAAAACCAUUCCUUCUCUGAAACAAAAGGGGACCUUUUAAAAUCAUAACCGGAUGUCUACAAAAAUCAUUGAAGCAGGAACAAUUAGGAUGACAAAUAAUCUAAUUAAAAUUCACAUCGGCAAAUUAAAAACGACAAGUAUUAGAAGCACAAUUAACUCAAUUUAGAUAAAGAUUUAUUUGUCUGCAGAAGCGGCCAAUACAAACGAUCAGUCAAUGAAUCUGCGUCAUCUCUGGUGAGUCAUAACUGCAUUUCUUCAAAGCGAUCAGAAAAAGAAAAAAAAAAUAGUUGCUCUCCACACACACACACGCACACACACGCCUACAGCUCAUAAAUACAAUCAAUCUGAUAUACAAAUAUUUUGGAUAGAUUUCUUUUUAGCGAUUCCUGCUGUUCUGAAGACCUCCACUCGUCUCGGAGAGGACAAACUGAAGCCUAACUUGGACUAAAGACCCCCGCCACUUCUUUAAAGUCAAGAGGACAUUGAAAUAAAUAUCUGAAACACU